CUUAUCACUCCAGUUUCUCCGACAGUCUUCCAAAGCACGGCUUCAUUCGCGUCGACUGCCCAGAGUCCGCGAAUACGGUCCUGCAACAACCAGCAAGCUCACAGACAGAAGAAACCCAACACCUUGUAAGCUGCAAUUACAUUUCCAAACCCUCCCAGAAAAGACAUUCCUCUCCCGGCCACAUUCCAGAGACCUCCAGGUUGAGACAUGUCUCUCUACAGCUUCGGGCUGGAGCCCUUGUCCUGCCACGCCUGGAACAAAGACAGGACGCAGAUCGCUGUGAGUCCCAACAACAGUGUGGUGAACAUUUAUGAGAAGAAAGGCCAGGAGUGGGCGAAGAUCCACGAGCUGACUGAACACAGUGGACGCAUCACAGGUGUGGACUGGGCUCCGGAGUCCAACCGCAUCGUGACGUGUGCCUCGGACAGGAAUGCCUACGUGUGGACCCUGAAGGACGGGCAGUGGAAGCCCACCUUGGUGCUGGUGCGCAUUAACCGCGCCGCCACCUGUGUCAAGUGGUCUCCCCAGGAGAACAAGUUUGCUCUGGGCAGCGGCGCUCGCCUCAUCUCCGUCUGCUACUUUGAGAAGGAGAACGACUGGUGGCUCAGUAAGCACAUUAAGAAGUCCAUCCGCUCCACAGUGCUCAGUCUGGACUGGCACCCCAACAACGUCCUGCUGGCUGCCGGCUCUGCAGACUUCCACUGCAGAAUCUUUUCGGCCUACAUUAAGGACCUGGAGGACAAGCCGGGCCCCACGUCCUGGGGGUCCAAGAUGCCCUUCGGGGAGCUGCUGCUGGAGCACAAGGACUUUGGAGGCUGGGUGCACAGUGUGUGCUUCUCCCCCAGCGGAGACCAGCUGGCCUGCGUGAGCCACAACAGCAGCAUCAGUGUGGUGGAUGCCAGCCAGGGCAAAGAGGUGACCCAGCUGACCACUGACCACCUCCCUCUUCUGAGUGUUCUCUAUGUGAACCCCACCGAACUAGUAGCUGCGGGCCACGACUGCUGCCCCUACCAGUUCUCCUACAAGGGCGUGGGCAGUCUGGAGUUUGUUAAGAAGCUGGACAUUCCCAAGCAGACCUCCAAGGGCAGCAUGUCUGCCAUGCAGCACUUCCGCAACCUGGACAAGAGGGCCACCGAGGACGACAUCAACGAGCUGGGGAACAAACACCAGAACAGCAUCACUCAGCUGUGUGUGGUGUCUGGAGAGAAGGCCAGAGUGGAGACCUACAGCAGUGUGGGUCUGGACGGAGCCCUGGUUCUCUGGAACUUCAAGCAUUAAUAAUGUGAAGACGAAAGAAGCCAUCCACCCUGCACUGGAUGGCUUUUAUACCAGAUUGAUCUAAAGUUCACUACUUAUUAUAUCUGGUCAAAACCAACAGUUCUUUGUGUUCUAUUGCAAUUACCUCUGGAGAAACAGGGACUGCAUCUGAAUGGAUUCGUUUUGGACUGGAAGGCUAUUGUACCACCAUAAGCUAAUGGUUCAGAUAAAGAUUGUGCUUGAUAAUUGAAAUCAAUAAAUCAAUACUAUUUCGUAAGACA